CCAAAAAAAAAAACUGAAACUUUAGCAUUAUUUCAUCAUGAGAGAGGAGACCCUCCAUCAAAACCAUGAAGAGUCGCCACCAACCGCCGCCGACUCGGAACUCGGUGGAGCUUCUGGUGGUGGUGCAGGUGGAGCUGAGACGGAACUCGGUGAGUUGGGAAUCGGAGAAGGCAGCAGUGGAGUUGCUGUUGGUGGUGGUGGUGGUGGUGGUGGUGCUGUACCAGUUGGUGGAAAUAGAGUAAAAGGUCCAUGGUCGCCCGAGGAGGACGAGGUGCUGACUCGACUGGUGGGGAAGUUCGGGGCGAGGAAUUGGAGUCUGAUCGCGCGAGGAAUCCCGGGUCGGUCCGGGAAAUCGUGCCGACUUAGGUGGUGUAAUCAGCUCGACCCCUGCCUCAAGCGGAAGCCUUUUACUGAUGAAGAGGAUCGGAUUAUUAUUUCAGCGCAUGCAGUCCAUGGGAAUAAGUGGGCAGCAAUUGCAAGACUGCUACCAGGUAGAACCGAUAAUGCAAUCAAGAACCACUGGAAUUCUACGCUAAGACGCAGAUAUGCAGAUCUUGGGAAGCUUAGACCACCGCCCAGUGAAAAGAUGGAAGCCAUUGCCAUUGAAAGAACCAAGGCUUCAUCAGAGGAGACCCUUUCGCCUGGAGAGGUCAAUCCAUCUAAGCACCUGGAAGGAAGUGAUGUGAUAAUGGAAGAUAGGCCCAACCAGGCUGACGAAAAAGGUCAGCCAGAGAUUCAACUUGCUUCUGAACAAAAUGGCGAUCCCAUUCCUCCUCGUCCAAUGGCACGCGUUAGUGCAUUCAGUGUUUAUAACCCUCCAACUGAUCCAAGAACUGUCUCUGGGAUGCAAAGGACUGUCCCAUGUCGUGGCCCUCUUGUUCAGUCAUCAUCCAGACCAGAUUUUGUGGUUGCCAGACUUCUCAAGGAACUUGAAGGCGAACCUACAGUGCCCUCCCAAUGUGGGUACGGCUGCUGUGCAACUCCAAGUGGUGGCCAUCAUUCUCAAACCUCAUUGUUGGGGCCUGAGUUUGUCGAAUACGAGGAGACACCAUCUUUCUCAAGUCAAGAACUGAUAUCAAUAGCUACAGAUUUGAAUAACAUUGCAUGGAUCAGGAGUAGCGUUGAGAGUAGCAAUGCUGCUAGCCAAAGAAUGCCUCAAGGUUCAGCUUCUGGCUCGCAAAUUGGAAUCGUCAAAGAACACAACAUGAGAAAUGAUCAUUCGCUGUUCGAUGAUGGAAGGAAUAAUUUGAUGGGUAUGAUGGCCGAUGUUAUAUCAACUCAGAUGCCUAGACAAACAUUUUGCCAUGCAAGCUGAGAUUAGAGUGGGAGAGUAAAUUUUUGAGCUUUGAUAUUGUGCUCUGUUUCCCCUGUUUUGGUUAUACUUCUUGCAUAGUAGGAGGAUGGUAUAAGAAUCAAAAUUGACGAGUCUUUCUUGAGUGUAUGCUUUUGAGUAUGAAAGUCUGGAAUAUGUGCUUCUUUAAAGAGGCUCUUCAUGUAAUGUCCCUAGCAGAUAGUUAUAAUAGACAUUUGUUUAGUAUAUAAACAAUCAUAUGAAAUAUGGUUCUCAAAUAUGUUAAGUUAGAUCAAGUACUUGGAAGAAAA